AUGGAACUUCUACAAGUUCGAACGACGCUCGUCGAGUUCAUCCGGGCCGGACUGGCACCGCUUGCUCUAAUUAUUGUCGGUUUUUGGGCAUAUCAGAUAAUAUACAACCUUUAUUUUCACCCGCUCUCUAAGAUUCCAGGUCCUCGGAUCGCCGCUAUUAGCGACAUUCCGUACUGUUCGUGGAUUCUCGGAGGUCGCCAACCUUACAAGUUACUUGAACUACAUAAUAAAUAUGGCCACGUUGUCCGCGUCGCACCAAACGAGGUGUCCUUCAACACCGCACAGUCAUGGAAAGACAUCUAUGGCCAAAAGCCCGGUCGCCAAAUAUUCAUAAAGGGAACAUUCUACGACGGCGGCAACUUCGCUGGAAACGGAACCAGUUCGAUUAUAAGCGAGAGAAGACCGGAAUUCCACAAGGAGAUGCGAAGUGGUCUAGCUGGCGCAUUUUCAGAUCGCGCCAUUGUAGAGCAAGAAUCGCUUGUUGCUACCUCCGUUGAUAAACUUAUCCGGCUAGUUGGUAUGAAAGGCUCCACGGAAAUGGGGGUUGAUAUAUCGACACUGUUCGAGUCGAUGACUUUUGAUAUUACCGGCGAUCUUGCCUUCGGAGAGACAUUUGGUGCGCUGGACAAUGAUGAACGACACCCUUGGAUAUCCACAACCCUGGAUGGUUUGAUGCAAGGAGUGUUUAUAGAUAUUUUCAGCCGCUAUCCCACUCUCGGCGCAAUUCUCCGUGUACUCAUGCGCUCCAAAUUCAACAAAGCCGUGGAGGGUGUCAGAACCAACGAACGAUUAUGCUACGAACUUGUUAAAAGGCGGAUAACAAGAAAAACAGAUCGCAAAGACUUUUUAACCCGAAUUCUCGAGGACAGAGAUCCUAGGAUCGUAUCGGAUAGGCAAAUUGCUGCUCACGCCUCCGACUUUGUCGUUGCUGGGAGUGAUACAACCGCGUCUAGUCUGGCUGCCAUAGUCUACUACCUCCUGCAAAACACAUACACCCUGGCGAAGCUGACAGACGAAAUCCGAGGAACGUUUAAGAGAUACUCAGACAUUGGCUAUCUUUCCACAGCGUCGAUGCCAUAUCUUCGUGCGGUCAUCCUAGAAGGAAUGCGUUUAUACCCCCCAACACCAAUGGGCCUCCCUCGUCUUGUACCAGAUGGUGGAGAUAUAGUCGAUGGCUGUCCUCUUCCUGGAGGGGUACGUUAUACUAGCUUCUAUCGAGUACCGUAA